AUGAAGGACCCCUUCUUCAUCGAACCACUGCCAUGGUUGGUUAGACUGGUACAGCCCUUGUGCGACUGGCUUAGCUUGCCAACGUUGUCGCUGCACAUUCACGAAAUCGUCAUCAGUGCAUUAUUCUACUCUGUGAUUUUCUACCCAAUUUCGCCAAUUGCAUCGCGGAUCCUAGCGCCGAAGUACUAUACGACGCUCCCUCGGAAGAGACGCCUUAACUGGGAUGCACAUGUUGUAUCCAUGAUCCAAGCUACCCUCAUCAACGGACUUGCUAUCUGGGUCAUGGUCACGGAUGGCGAGAGGAGGGCAAUGCCAUGGGAGGAGCGCAUAUGGGGAUACACUGGGGCAACAAGCAUGAUACAGGCUCUUGCCGCAGGAUAUUUUGUAUGGGACCUCAUCGUCACAAGCAUGAACCUAGAUGUGUUCGGACUUGGGACUCUAGCACAUGCGAUUGCGGCCCUGCUUGUCUUCUCGCUCGGUUUUCGGCCAUUUGUCAACUAUUAUGGAUGCAUAUUUAUCCUCUGGGAGCUGUCGACACCUUUUUUGAACAUCCAUUGGUUCAUGGACAAGCUUGGCAUGACGGGAUCGAAAGCACAACUGUACAACGGAUUUCUUCUCUUGUUUAGCUUCUUCUCAUGUCGGUUGGUAUACGGUACACACCAGUCCGUCAUGGUAUUCCGGGAUAUCUGGAGCGCGAUAAACAGACACCCUUCCCCCGCAUCACUACACUCGAUGGCUAUGCAGUUUGCAACUGAUACCUCCACUGUACCGUUGUGGCUCGGAGCUGUCUACCUGGCAAGCAACCUGACUCUCAAUAGUCUCAACUUCUAUUGGUUCGUGAUGAUGAUUAAGGCCGUCCGCAAGCGUUUCGAACCCGGCCAGCAACCACAGACUGAGGUGGAAGUUGACAUGUCCUCUGUUGCAUCUGCUGUUUCUAGCAGACCCGCAGGGCUACAUCGACGGAAGGCCUAG